AUUAUAUACCAAGCGUGCAAAUGCGCAUGAUUCUCGAGUUCUGAAGUGUAAAACUCUGAGAGCAAUGCCAAUGUAUUGUAUAAAAAUAGAUACAAAUUUUACUUUGCCAUACACAAGCUUGCCAUUUUGCAAACAUGUCUGCCAGUUGAUUGAAUUUUAAUUAUUUUCUAGGAUAUUCACCAUGUAUAUCUCAGUGUUCGUUACCUUGGUCGUGUGGUCUUCACUCAGUCACCUGUGGUUGAGCGCAUCAGCUGAAUUGGAGGUAAGUUAUUCCAGUACUUCUAGACGAAAGUCUUUCGCUCAAAACGUCGACGUUUUGCUUGUAUUUUUCAGGUAAUUGAAUCACUCUCAAUCCAUAGUUUUCUCAUGUUAUUCUAUACUGACUUAAGCCCAAGUCAGACAAAAUAUUGGUACUCACAGUCACAAAUUACUCUUUUCAAAGACUUAUGCAUCUUAUAAAACAUAAAUUAGCUAUAUGGUGCUUAUGAUAUAGCUGAAAUAUCACACACCAAUUAUGUUGCAGUUAAAUAUACGUAAUGCUGGAUAUACUUUUCUAGAAAGUCAGUCUUCGGGGUUAUGACCCAGGGAAAUGUAAUAAAACGAAUCAUGGCAAGUUAAUCAUGGUGAAAGAUCGUAGAAAGUCACGGCAAGCUGACACAAUUAUUGAAUAGUGUUUAUUGCAUUUUUUUUACCAAUGGCCUUGUUUCCAUGUUUGCUUGUUUUAGUAUGACAGGGGAACAUGAAGGUUAAAUCCCCAUGUUUCUUCGUGCAUGAAUAUGUUUCUCUUUGGUCUUGAUCUCAAUCAAAAAUUUAUCCUUAACCCUAUUGUGCGCGAAACAGAAGGAAAUAAGCACAUGAAAACGAGGCCAUUGGGGAAAAAGUGCAAUAAACAUGCAGUACAGUCUAUUCACAAACUAAUCAUGAUUUUGUAUACGAAUUUUUACAAGGUUCCAACCCAACGGGAGAGUAUUUCAAUCCUGCGUAUGACUGUUCAGAUGCUCUCAACAAAAUCUCUGGGGCAAAGGAUGGGUUUUAUUGGAUCAAAUUAUCUGGAAAUAUUCCAAAAAAGGUACUGCUAUAUAGCAGCCAUGCUUGCUGCAUUUUAUGAUAAUAAUAAAGUUUAUGACUUGGCUCUGCAACACUUUUUGUUUUAGGCAUAUUGUGACAUGAGCACUGACGGAGGAGCCUGGGCGCUAAUUGGUCGUAAAACGGACGCCGUCACGUGGACAGUACCAUCCAAUAACAAGACAGUUGAACCAUUUGGCAAACCUCAUUGGUCCAGCUCACUUGGUGAUGCUCCAAUCGUCGACUUUCGGGUUCAAGUAGCAACAAAAGAAGAUUUCAGUGCAACAAGAGCUCAUUGGUGGGUGCAGUAAUAACGAAACAAACUCAAGUUUGCUCUUUCAAAGGUUGUUUUAAUUUUGUGUUGAGCGGUAUUCUGUUUACACGCAAUAAUCACUGUGUAUAGUGUUACUCACAUGUAUUAAGGCCAAAUUUCUUGUAAAAAUUCAAUUUUGUUACAAAACAUGAAAUAAACAUUAGGGCCCCAAGAGGAUUAACUUUGUUUUAUAGUAAAUUGAUGAUCAUUAUAUGGAUACGUAAUAAACAUAAUCAUUAUAAUGCCUCAUGGUGAUGGUUAUGUCAUGAAUAAUAGUAUGAUUACUGUUAUUAAUAAGUAGUAAAAAUUAUUUUCAUAACCGUAUAGGUCAUUCAGACUAAAAAACAAACGUCCUUUAAAGAAUCUUUUGAUGCUCAAUGAAGGAGGAUGUGGUAGAUUAUGGCCAGGAAUUGGUGAUAUUUCUUAUGUUAAAGAUCUUCAGACUGAAGAAAUUGUCACAACAAAAUUUCGCUGUUCACAAUUCAGCUCUCAUCAUUCCAAGUCAGAUGGUUAUGGUUGGGUAAGUUUUUCAAGAAUCCAAAUAUUUCUAAAUUCGAGAAUUAUACGCUGUCAAAAUCACACAAUUCAUUAUAGGACAUGUUGAACAGUUGUUUGAACCAUCCAUGUUCACCUGGCUUUGCCUUCCACAAAAAGUAUCCAGUUCAAAUGGAUUUUUCAGGUGCUUUUAGGUAAAUAUAAAAAAUAUUAGUAUUGCGGUUUUCAUAGCCUGCGAGCCUGCUCGCAGGCUACGGUUUUCAAGGUAGGCACAUCACGAUUGAAUAUACUAAAAUAAUGAUCUAAUGCUAGACAUUGAAUCAUGUUUUUACAGCUACAGGUGCGUCUGGAAAUACAUCGGGAAUCAUUCAUGAUUCAACCUCAUUUGUUGGCUGUGAAAAUCAUAAAGUAAGUUUCUCUUGGUUUUAUUUUAUAGUAAUAAUCCGUGGCAACCCAAAAGCAAACGUCAUUAAUUAAUGAUUCAUGAGCAGUAAAUGAGAUUUCUUUUCAUUGAGGGAAUGAGAUCUAAUUUCAAACUCAAACUCGGAUUGAAUCAUUCUCGUACCCAGAGCCCUUCUUACGUGCGUUCAACCGAGCGCGACGAGGGGCUCUGGCCAAAUCCAUAUCAAACUGGCAUCUGAUUGGCCAAUUGUUCUAAUACCGGAUAUAUUCUAUUACCAUGUUUUUAUGGUAUCCGGUUAUGGAUUUGGCCAGAGCCCCUCAUCGCGCUCGGUCGAACGCGCGUAAGAAGGGCUCUGGGUACGAGAAUGGGAUUGAAUGGGAUGUUUUCCCAAUUAUAUCCGAUUUGAUUUACAUCACAAAUUGAUAUACACUUUAGUGUUGCGGUUGUUUUGGUCCUGUUGGUGGCAAGAAAAAUUACUGUGGUACUGAAUGCAGAGCCAAAAAUGGUGGGACCAUUGUAAAGAAUCUAUAUACAUGGUUUUGGGUGAGAUCAUCACUACCAAAAAGAGUCUGGAACAAAUGUAUGGAAUAUAAAGUGACUGUUGCUCAAGGGAAAGUGGUUUGGUACAAGUUAUAUCAUGGAAAUACUGUCCCAGUGAUGGUCAGUUUUUAACUUUUUACUUAUUUUCAAUUUCUUUCUUUAAUGAUUACCAUUAACAAUGAUGAAUAUUAGUAAUACCAUUGGAUAUGGGGACUGUUUUCUUUACUGACUUUCGAGAUAAAAGUAGACAAUAAAGAACUGAGCCCACAAGCAUCACUUUCUGUGUCUUUUUAGGGUCGAUGUAUUCAGAAUGACGCUCUUCUGAACGAUGGGGUAAGGCAUUGACGUGUUAAACGUAAAAUUACAUGAUAUGCUAGUUCUGAUAAUUCGGAACCAUCCUCAGAGAUAUGAAAGUCUAGUUUCAUAUAUAUUAUUGUGAAACAGCAGAACACAACGAAAAAUUCGUUGUCGCAAGUGGAAUUCGAACUCGCAACUUCGGAUGUACAAACCAGUUACCAAUCCCCGUUGACUCGAUGGCUCAAUGGGUAGAGCGACGGUCUGGACGCACGGAAAUGUGAGUUCGAAUCCCGCUUCAGACAACGAAGGUUUCGUUGUUCACUGCAGUGUCAGCAUAAUUGCAGUUAGUUCUUUAUCAAAUACUUUUACAGAUUGUUGUUGUCCCAGAUAGCGCCGCUGCCCAGAAAGUACCGCCCGUGCCAGGGUUAUUGGAAUACCGUGAGGACACCAAGAGACUUUAUGUGAGAUCAAAUGGAACAUGGAAUGUGAUUGGUGAACAAAAGAAGGUAACAUUGACCUUGAUGUACCAUCCAUACUUAACAUCCUGGGCACCCAACGUUCUCGUGAUGAAUGAAAAAUGUAACUGUAAAAAAUUAACGAAAUAAAAUCCUCUUCUUGGUUAAUUUAGGUGUUGGGAAAAGCUGUGGAACAGAUCAAACCACGAUUUGAACAACUUGAAAAAAAGGCAAGGAAAAUUAUUCGAACAUUAGAAUGUUUUAUUCUUACAGUCAGCACUUAUUUGAAGUUAUUUCUCCAUAGUAAACCAUUUUUAUUAUAUAAAAACAGUUUUAUUUUUAAUUUCGAAUUCUCGUACAUGUUUCGUUGAUUAUCAUUAAUUCCUUAUUUCAGACAUCAGUAUCUUAUAUGACCUACAUUUAACGAUUUUUUUAGGUGAUCAAUAGAUUAAUUUUUGCAUUGAAAUAAAAAGUUGUAUGCACUGCAAUGUAUACUGAUAUAAAUAUCUUGCACAGGUAACCAAUGAACAUAAAACAGAUUUUGAACAACUCAAGAAAAGUUUGGCUGAACUUAAAUCACAGCUAGGAAGUGUGAACAAGUCUCUCAAUGUCAUGAAGCCGAAAGGUUGGUAAUGCGCUCAUUUUGUUUCAUUCUUUUUUAAUGCAAAUGAUUCUUGCAUUAUCAUAAUAAGCUCUGCUACAUUUAUAAUGUAAAAUUCUUUAGCAUUCAUUCUUCUGAACUACUGUCGUGUUUAUACAAACCAAAACUGAUAAUUGACUUUGAAAGUUAAACUUGCAAUUAGCAGUUAUGGGUCAAAUUAUAGCAUACCAUUAAUCAUGGUUAAAAUAACCCAGAAUUAAAUUAAUGGAUUGUUUAAUCGAUCAGUUGUCUUUGUAUCCUUCGUAUAAGAUUAUAAAGAUAGUCUAUGAAGCAUGACCAAGGUUUAAAGAUCUACAGUUUGGUUGUUCGAUGCAUGCAAGCGGGGAUUUGCUCGUAACAUUUAUCCUGCUUUGUUCCGACAACAAUGGGAGCUACCAGAAAAUUUACAAAACAGUCUAACAAAGAAUUACAAAAACUUCUGCUCUAUAUGUUCUUACUUUUAUAACGUACAGUUUUAGGGGAAAGUUGCGCAACUUUAUACAAAUCUGGAAAGAGAUAUGAUGGCGUUUACACUGUCAAUUACCCUCAUGACCUUGGAUCUUUCCAAGUCAGAUGUGAUAUGCAAACAGAUGGUGGAGGGUGGACAGUGUUCCAAAGGCGACAAGACGCAAGUGUAAAUUUCUAUCGUGGAUGGCAAGAUUACAAAAGUGGUUUUGGUGAUCUUAACGGUAAUUUUUGGCUUGGUUUGGAUGAAAUACAUCGUUUGACAAAAUCAGGACAAAAUGUUCUAAGAGUGGACUUGAUGGAUUGGACUAACGAAACAGCGUACGCAAAGUAUGGAUCAUUUUCUGUGGCGUCUGAGUCUAACGGUUAUAGACUGGACCUGGGUAGUUUUUCAGGUAAAUAUGAUUUGAUAAAUAAUUUUUUCAUAAAAUCCAGUAAAAGUAGUGACGAAGCCAGGGAUGGGACUUCUAUACCUUAAGGUCAUGUUACAGGAGACAACUUUUGCUCCAUCUAGCAACGCAAUUUCGGACACAAAUCCAUGUUAUCUAAAACGUAGUCACGUGAAAAAUAUCGGCAGAGUGAAACGUGCGCCAUAUACUCACAAUUUCUCCGUGACUAUACGACAUGGAGAAAAUGAUAUUGUAAUUAUACGAUAUAGAGAUAAUGAUAUUAUUCAAAUACUGGCUAUGAAAUUAUAAAGGUCGAAUUUGGGAAAACCACGGACACUGACUUAAAACAUUAAAAUAUGUUUAAACUUGUUGAUAUGAUAUAUUAUUAUAGACAUUUUAAACUUUUAGCAGAAGGUGUCACAUACUUUAAAAUCACAAACUUCCAAUUAUUUUAAGGAAGUUUUAUAUCUAAGGUAAUGCUGGUGAUUCGUUGAAAUUGCACAACGGAAUGAAGUUCUCUACCUACAACAGAGAUAACGAUCGACAUGGCGACAGAAACUGCGCUAAGUACUACAAAGCUGCUUGGUGGUACCAUCGAUGUCACUCUUCCAACCUCAGCGGUCGCUACCAAAAGGCAGGGGUGAGAUCUGUGUCAGGAGUAAGAUGGGUAGAUUGGAAAAACGACAACAGAUCUAUGAAGAAAACUGAGAUGAAAAUACGCCCUGCGAGAUUUUAGAAAUCCCAGGAACACGUUUUUUUCUCAAACACACACUGAACAAUUGUGUAGUGACAAAAAAAAACUUAAUUAGUCUUACGAAGGCCAAAAUCCGACAUUUUUGGGGUACUGUCUGCCCCCGUGAAAGAUUCUAGACAAUUCAAACAACGUGAAAAGCAACUUUCAGAAGUUUUAACUGCAAAUUUACCAUCAUACAAACCCUCUGAUACAAACCGCUAUAAAAUUAAAAAGUCGCAUUUCGUGGUGCGGAGACUCCCAACCGUGGGAAAGGCAGUAGCCAAAAAUGGCGGGAAGAUCGGUCGUGAGAAAUGCUAGGUCAUCAUGCACUGAGUGACUAGAUAACGAGAGAUUCUUAAAUUCUUAGAAGCUAUUGCAUUACAUAUAGAUACUCUAAGCAAAGCAUAUAUCGUAUAUAAUAAUUGUAUCUGCUAAAACUAUACCAUAGUUCAAAGAUGAAAAUAACACUACAGUUGUAAGAGUUUGUGGGAUCAUGACUGGAUUUUAUAUGAAUUUGUUUGUUUGAAAACUAAUCCUACAGACAUAAAUUUACACAUUACAUUUUUUAUCCCUGGAAUUUCAACAAUGGCGGUCCCGACAGUAUAGGGGGUUGGUUUCGUACAGACAAAAACCUUUUUUUUGGGGGGGGGAUGCUCCCCGAAAAAUGUUUGAAUCUCGAGUCUAUGAAAGAUACUAUUCGCCAGAAUAGUCUUCAACAGUUUGUUUAUCACGACUACAAACCACGCAGCUUACAAAACAUAUAUAGUCUCUUCCCCGACAGGGGCUAUAGCCUCCUCCCCCCACCAUGUAAGAAGGUAGGGUUGAACUACACAACGUAUAGUUUUAAUAACUGCCCGUUGUAGACUAGUUAUGCAUGUGUUUAUUUGCGCUUUACAGUUGGACAAAUUGGCUAAUGCUAGUAGCCUUCACUUAUUUUGGAAUUAAACGUCCACAAAAGACUGUUAACCAGACUUAUACUUCGAGCAUGAAGUCGUUGGCUGAAUGAAAAUACUGACAGGCAACUUCUUUACACUUUUGUUUACGUAUGCAGGGAUAUUUUGUAUAGCCUAAAUUUCUGUUGACGUCGACCUGUAUAAAUGGCAGAGACAUCGCGGGUCUCCUGGAUACUCAGUUGACAGUUGUAUAGGUACGUCCUGAAUACUAAAACGUGUCGUGAAUACUAAAACCCAGAAACUGGGCACAGAUACUAAAACUUUGCACUUUUGUAUCCCAGUUGGGGGGGGGGGAUUUUCAAGUUUUUUAAAAAAAUAGUUUUUAAAAAUGUUUUAAAAAAGUUCAUAUAUAGAAGAGUUUUAAAAAGCAAUUUAAAAAAGUUUAAAAAGUUAGAUUUUUAAAAACGUUUAAAAAGUUAAAAAAAUUUAAAAAGUUAAAAAAGUUAGGGUUAGGGGUUAAGGUUGGGGUUAGUGUUAUUAUUAUGAUAAAUUCAAAAUGUGCCGCGAAUUUAUCAUAAUGAUAAAUUCGGACGUGGUUAAGAAUUUACUCAUAUAGUAAAUUCAAAGGUGGAGCUCAUGCUGCUUAUUUACGAUCUAAAACUCUUAAAAAAAAUCUGACGUACACUAGCAUUCCAACAAUAUGGCACGGGCCAAUCAUGUGCACUGGCAUGCAAACCAAAACGGCAAAGGCUACGGCUCUUUACAUCAGCUGACAGCAGGAUUCAGAAAAGUUAGUUCUAAUGACGUUUUAAACUGAAAACAAUGAGACUCGUGAUCGGUGUAACCUCACUCGCACAUUAAGAAGAGAGAACAUAUCAUUCAUGGUCGUUAUCUAUCUAGACAUUAUUUCUCCUUUCCUACCAAAAACUAGAAAAUCCUGGAACCUCUUCUAACAUGUCAACAGCGCCACAGACACAGUAAAUUUUCAGUGGUCACACCAACACGACUACCAUCAACUUGAUUUAUGCAUAGAGGCUGCACUAUCCAGUAUCAGAUUUGAGAUCAGUGAUGAAGCCCAAGAUGUAAAAUAAUUAACUGACUGCAUUUCGAUUAAGAUGAUUCGAGGGAAAAGUCCUGUCAAUAACCUUUCCCUGAAACUUUUGCCUUACUAGUUACGUGCAGAGAGCGUGUGCGGUACAUGUGUUUGAGGCCGGAAUUAUUUCUACAAGGCGCUAUAAUUAUAAUUGGAAUUUGAGGCCGGAAUUUUUUCUACAAGGCGCUAUUUGGACAUUUAAAUUUGAACGUUUAUGAUUUUGUUUCUUUUGUCAAUAGUGAUCUCACCCGACCUAGUCAAAACCCAUCUCUAACUCUUAAAGUUCCUUUUUAUAAAACCAGAACAUUCCAAGCGUCCUACUUUAAUCGAAUAGUAAAACUAUGGAACACAACCUGUAAAAUACUUCCCCCUUCUAGUUUGUCGAGUCUUUCAACAUUCAAAUGUUCAAUCAAACUCAUGUAUCAUAAUUUAAAUACUCAAAUUUUUUAUGUUGAUCAACCGUGUACAUGGACCCUCGUGCGUGGUUGCUCCUGCCAUAGGACAUAAACUUACUUUUUUUAGGGGAAGUGCCCCGCAUGGGACUCAGAGUCCCGUUCGCACUUUUCCCAAUUGGGUUCUUUUGUUGUUGUUAUUUUAAAUUAGUGUAUAUUUGCCCAAUUAUUUGUUAGUGUAAUUAUUGUAAUUAAAGUUGUUAAUGGCCCAAUAAAGUUCUUUAAAAAAAAAAUUACUGAAGUAGUAAGCGUGACAUAUUCUAGACAAAACACUCACCAUGAUUAAAAAUUCCGCCAGAUAUUAUUACUAAUAUUACCAAUAUUAGUCAUUUUGUACUGGCCGGUAGCCUGUAGCACAUUGGCAAUAUCAACCAUUGAGUGUUGGUACUUUCAUUACAGUUAUAAUAAUACAAAGAAUAGUUUGGGUAUUGUAAAAAUUGCUGAAUGUUUGUCAUCCGAACUAAUUAUUUAUCGGCGCUUCAGAGCAAAUCUUUUAUCACCAAAGAUAUAUAACCAGAUAAUCUUACCGCACUCACUCCUGGAUGUUGUUUUCAUUGCCAAAUUUAGUCAGGCCACUGCAUCAUCCGGUCUACAUGAGGUUGCAAUACUAGACUCUUGAAUCAACUGUACAUAAUAUUACAGAGCAGAGAGCACAGGGUGGGAACUUUGUAUACAACGGUAAGUCAAUUUAGCUUAAAUGAUACGCUGAUGUCAGAAUUAUAACGUUUCUAGCCUCUCAAAUUUAACAUCUCAAACCUUACCUACAGGCUACACUUUAUCAGUUCACUCGGUUUUCAUAAUACGUCUAUUUAACACUGCAGCUUAAUCUGACUUUGUCCACCUAUUAUAUACCAAGCGUGCAAAUGCGCAUGAUUCUCGAGUUCUGAAGUGUAAAACUCUGAGAGCAAUGCCAAUGUAUUGUAUAAAAAUAGAUACAAAUUUUACUUUGUCAUACACAAGCUUGCCAUUUUGCAAACAUGUCUUCCAGUUGAUUAAAUUUUAAUUAUUUUCUAGGAUAUUCACCAUGUAUAUUUCAGUGUUCGUUACCUUGGUCGUGUGGUCUUCACUCAGCCACCUGUGGUUGAGCGCAUCAGCUGAAUUGGAGGUAAGUUAUUUCACACUCAGUAACUUCCAGACGAAAGGCCUUCGCUCGAAACGUCGAGUCGGCGACGUUUUGCUUCUCAUGAUUUUUAGGUAUUUGAAUCACUCUCAAUCCGUAGUUUUCUCAUGUUAUUCUAUACUGAGUCUUACUGACUUGAGCCCACAUAUUGGUACUCACAGUCACAAAUUAAUUACUCUUUCCAAAGACUUAUGCAUCUUAUAAAGCAUUGGCUAUAUGAUGCUUUAUAUGACUAGCUGAAAUAUCACACGCCGAUUAUGUUGCAGUUAAAUAUAUACGUCAUGUAGUGGAUAUACUUUUCUAGAAAGUCAGUCUUCGCGGUUAUGAUCCUGGAAAAUGUAAUAAAACGAAUCAUGGCAAGUUAAUCAUGGUGAAAAAUCGGGUGGACAAUGACAAACUUUUGGUUUGUGCUGAAGAAAAUAAAGUUUAUGUCUGGAAAGCAACUGAUGGUAAGGUGUCAUAUUGCAUUAAUGUCACUGCAAACUGACACACUUAUCAAUACUGUUUAUUGCAUUUUUUACCAUUAUAGCCUUGUUUCCAUGUUUGCUUGUUUUAGUAUGACAGGCGAACAUGAAGGUUAUAUCCCCAUGUUUCUUCGUGCAUGAAUAUGUUUCUCUUUGAUCUUGAGCCCAAUCAAAAACCUAUCCUUAACCGUAUUAAUUGUGCACGAAACAUGAGAAAAUAGCAACAUGAAAACGAAGCCAUUGGGGCAAGAGUGCAAUAUUAAAAUAGUACACAGUCUAUUCACAAACUAAUCAUGAUUUUGCGUACGAAUUUUACAAGGUUCCAACCCAACGGGAGAGUAUUUCAAUCCUGCAUAUGACUGUUCAGAUGCUCUCAACAAAAUCUCUGGGGCAAUGGCUGGGUUUUAUUGGAUCAAAUUAUCUGGAAAUGUUCCAAAAAAGGUACUGCUAUAUAUUAGCCCUGCUUCCUGCAGUUUAUGAUCAUGAUAAAGUUUACGACUUUGCUCUACAACACUUUUUGUUCUAGGCGUAUUGUGACAUGAGCACUGACGGAGGAGGGUGGGUGUUAAUUGGACGUAAAACAAACGCGGUCACGUGGACAGUACCAUCCAAUAACAAGACAGUUGAACCAUUUGGCAAACCUCAUUGGUCGAGCUCACUUGGUGAUGCUCCAAUCGUCGAUUUUCGAGUUCAAAUGGCAACACAAGAAGAUUUCAGUGCAACAAAAGCUCAUUGGUGGGUGCAUUAAUAACAAGAAAAUUUCAGUCUUAUGUUUGCUGUGCAAAAUGUUGUUUUAUGUUGAGGAGUAUUCUUUUCAGUGUUUACACGCAAUCAUAACCGUUUAGUGAAAAUAAAGAAAACGUUAGAGCCGUAGGGGAAAUAAGUUUUUUUAUAGUAAAAUAUGAUGAUGGUCAUUGUGGAUACGUAAUAAAAAUAAUCAUGAUAAUGCUCAUGGAUUAUGGUAAUAGUGAUAUCAUGAAUAUGUACGAUAUAAAUAUGUAUGAUGAGCGCUUUAAAAUUAUUUUCAUAACUGCAUGUAUAGGUCAUUCAGACUAAAAAACAAACGCGCUUUAAAGAAUCUUUUGAUGCUCAAUAAAGGAGGGUGUGGUAGAUUAUGGCCUGGAAUUGGAGAUAUUUCUUAUGUUAAAGAUCUUCAAACAGAGGAAAUUGUCACAACAAAAUUUCGCUGUUCACAAUUCAGCUCUUAUCAUUCCAAGUCAGAUGGUUAUGGUUGGGUAAGUUUUUUAAGAAUCCAAAUAUUUCUAAAUUCGAGAAUUAAGAAACUUUGAAUUAAAGAUGUCAAAAUUAUAUAUUAUACAUGAUCACAAUUCGUUAUAGGACAUGUUGAACAAUUGUUUGAACAGUCCAUGUUCACCUGGCUUUGCCUUCCACACAAAGUAUCCAGUUCAAAUGGACUUUUCAGGAGCUUUUAGGUAAAUAUAAAAAAAUAAUUAUUAGUGUUGGGGCUUUCAACGUAUAGGCACAUAUCACGGUAAUACAAUGAUCUAAUGCUGGACAUUGAAUCAUGUUUUUACAGCUAUAGUGCGUCUGGAAAUAUCACUUCGGGAAUCACUCAUGAGUCAACCUCAUUUGUUGGCUGUGAAAACCACAAAGUAAGUUUCUUUUCGAGUCUUGGUUAUAUUUGAUUAUAAUCCGAGGUAACCUUAAAAGCAAAACGUCAUUAAUAUUAAAUAAUGAGUAAUUUGGCAAAUGGUAUUACUUAAUUUACUGCUUUAUUUUGCUUGCAUAUGAUACCGGAGAGUUUUUGAAGUAUAUUGAUCCAGCCCAAUAGAGAAUAAUCCAAGCAAUGCAUUUUUUAAAUAAUUAAUUCAGUCCUAGGACUUAGUCAAAAUUAAAUUCGUUGACUCUAAUAAUGAUCUAUAAGAAUGAGAUUUCAUUUCAUUUCAUUUCAAACCCUAAAACCCGGAUCAGUUGAAUGAGAAAUUCUCCCAGAUAGCUGGAACAAAUUAAUCAGACCUGCAAAUUUGACCACAGACACCACUAAAAUUUGAUAUCAGUUUUCUUACCAUUUUAGUGUUGCGGUUGUUUUGGUCCUGUUGGUGGCAAGAAAAAUUACUGUGGUACUGAUUGCAGUGUUAAAAAUGGUGGAACUUUUGUGAAGAAUGUCUAUACAUGGUUUUGGGUGAGAUCAUCACUACCAAAAAGAGUCUGGAACAAAUGUAUGGAGUAUAAAGUGACUGUUUCUCAAGGGAAAGUGGUUUGGUACAAGUUAUAUAAUGGAAAUUCUAUUCCAGUGAUGGUUGGUUCUCACUUUUCGUUCAUUUUUUUUCUAUGAUGAUAACUAUUAACAAUGCUAAAUAAACAUUGGGUUUGUGGAUUGUUUUUGUUAACUUUUGAAAUAGAAGUAGUCAAUAAAGGAUGGAGCCUAAAAAAACAUAAUUUUUUGUGUCUUUUUAGGGUCGAUGUGAUCGGAAUGAAAUUCUUCUGGACGAUGGUGUAAGGCAUUGAUAUGCUAAACACAGUGUAAUGAAUAUAAUUGGAAAACUACCUCCAACUUUGAAGAGAAAUUUGAAGAGAAACUUGAAGGCCCGUUCGAAAUCGCGGUCAAACAUGAAUUAUAUUUUUGAAAAUCGGCUUCAAAUUUACACAAAAUGCUUUUAUAACCAGUUAUUCUUCAUUUUACUGGCUAAACAUAAAACAUAAAUGAAGCGUAAUAUUUUUUCAUAUUAGCACUGGCAGGUCAAUUGAAACCAUUGAUCUCACUCAUUUAUAGAACUGGACAAACUAAAUAUGCCUAGUUCUAUUCCGUAUAUAUGCUUUACAAUCCUUUACAGAUUGUUGUUGUCCCAGAUAGGGCCACUGCCCAGAAAGUGCCGCCCGUGCCAGGAUUACUGGAAUACCGCAAGGACACCCAGAAACUUUAUGUAAGAUCCAAUCAAACAUGGAAUGUGAUUGGUCAAGAAAAUAAGGUAACAUUGACUUUGAUAUACCCUCCAGUUCAUAAUUAAACAUCCUGCAGACCUGCCAAGUUUGGAAGACCUAAAAACGUAAGGUUUAAAUUUUCCCAUGCCAAAAACUGGUUAAAAUUAAACAAAAACCUAAAUCUUAAGACAACAGUUAGACAGUCGGAAGUAGAACGUUUCCCCCCUCUUACAAAUAUUUCAUAAAUUAUCAUAUUCACAUUGACUCGAAGAAUAUUGUAGCAAAAACUCAGUCAAUUUGGGAGUCAGUUACAUAUCCAAAACUUUAUUUCAGAAUACACAAGAAAACCAGUCCUGGAGAUCCAACAAUGAGAUUUUAUGGGCAAACUCCCGCAAAUUUCCAGCCUCUCCGGUAUUUGAUACUUCUGAAUCUAUUGAAUCGAGCGAGAAGUUAAAAAAAUCUUGAUAUUCAAAUUGAACAUUUUUCGCAAUUGCUAAGCCGUUGGGUCUAUGGAAUAUGAAUGUGGAACGAUACUUAGUUGAGAGAACUUAAGUUUAGGGAACUGAAAAUCGUGCGAAUAAGUGCCGCCUUACAGAAUACUUUGGUAAUGGUAAUGGUAAUUUAUAUCAAUAUAAGGCUAGACUUUUAAAAGGGGCAACGGGGAAUUGGAGAAUGGAAGAAUGGGGAAUAUCGGGGAAUGAGGGAAUGUCUCGGGGAAUAUCUCUUUAUAAAGGGGUAAUAUGAUACUCCCCGAUAUAUUCCCCCAUUCCUCGAAUCUUCGUUCCUCCGUUCCCCGUUCCCCCUUUAAAGAUAGCCUAAAUAUAAUACCAUAUGAUGUCUUUGAGAAAUGAAAUUUUGAAAAUAUCGGAGCUUCUUCUAGAUUCAACAGAAUGACUAGCCUCGUUUUGGUGCUUUUUGCACAUUUCAAAGGCUAUGAUUUCGCUUGCAUGAAUUGUUUUCAAUCGUUAGCAGUCUUUGCCAACUAUCGGUAUAUUAUGAACUAAAAAUAUAAACUAAGAUGAAUCUAGAUGAGGCCUGCCCUGCAGCGGGAACUCGCCCUAAAUCGCCUUAAACCGCCUAAACUCGCGUUAAAUUGCGGCUUACAAUUGAGCGAGUUCUCUUAAAUUGCUUAAAAUCGCUUAAUGAAGUUUAAAUUUAGGAGAACAAUGCGGAAAUGAUGAAACCAAGGUUGGAACAGGUUGAAAAAAAGGAAAGUAAAAUUAUUUUAAGAUUUCAGUUGUACUUAGGACAGCUAGUGAGAAAGCAGAAUGAGGCAUUACAACGACACUAAUAUCUUGAUAUUUUCUACCAUUUAGCUUAAUAUAGAAUUUGCGAAACUCGAGAAAAAUCUGGCUGAACUCAAAACACAGUUGGGAAGGGUAAACAAGACUGUCAACGCCGAUCAUAUCAAGGACAAAGGUGGGUAAUACGCUUAUUUUAUAUCGUCAUUUAGUCCCUUAAAUUCAAAUUAUAAUAAAAAUUCAACAUUUAUACAAUGUUAUUUGACUUCGAUAACUUAUAGUAUGAAGUAUGAACAUAAAGUAUGAACAUGUGGUAUAGUUAUACUAAGAUUAAAAGAUCUAAUUUGGUUGUUUGAUGUGAGGAUUUCAUGGUAAACAUUUAUCUAUAGGCUUCAGAUGCAGUUGCUCCCUGCAAACCUAAGCCGGACAGUAUAAUCACGGGGGGGGGCAAUUUUGUUAGGACCAAUCAGUUUUGUAAUUCUUUCAAAACGGAGUCGUACGUGUAACUUCUUAAUUUAUUCUAUGACAUAAUAUUUCAAAUCUGUAGCUUUCAGACUUUCAUAAAACGUGUCUAAAAUUCAUUAAAUAGCGUCUACUGCUUUGAAAAAUGUUUAUCCUAGGUAUUUUGCUCUGAACAGUUUUUGCAAUUUACAUCUUGACAACACAUUCUUAUUCCAUUAGUUCAACCCACCUCAGGCAAACCUAUCUCGACAACAGCGACUCCCGCGACAAUUUGUUCAAGUUUGUACAAAUCCGGUCGAAGAAGAGAUGGUGUUUACACUAUCAACCCUGAUGGCCUUGGAUCUUUCCAAGUCAGAUGUGAUAUGCAAACAGAUGGUGGAGGGUGGACAGUGUUCCAAAGAAGACAAGACGCA